AUCUCGAUUGAGACUCAAAUCACGUAAGUCCGCUCCCCCCCAUUCGCUCUUGUCAAUCCGGUGUCGGGAAAAGCCAGCACCACCUGUCAAUGAUAAAUCGGUUCCUUUCUUCCGCGGAGGUCGUUCUUACAAGAGAAAGCACGCUGAUCUGAACCACUUUGUUUAUAGCUUAUCGAAUACCGUCAUAAUGUAUCGUCAAACACUUGCCAAGGUCCCCGCCAGCCGCCUGGCUGCCGUCCCUUCCUAUAGGGCUUUCUCCAUCACCUCCCGCGCAUUCGCAGCCGGCGACACUGGCUCGUUCCGCAACACCGGCACCGGACAAGGUGAUGCUUUCCAGAAGCGCGAGAAGGCCAACGAAGAUUAUGCCAUCCGAGAGCGCGAGAAGGAGAAGCUCCUCGAGCUCAGGAAGAAGCUCCACGAGCAGCAAAAGCACCUCAAGACUCUGAGCGAUCACAUUGAUGAGCUCACCAAGGAGCAAGGCGGCGAGCGCAACUAAGACGAUUGCUUCGAAUUCGGCAAAUAUCCGAGCAACUGAGCGUGUGAGAUAUCAGGGGCAGAGGGCAACGGCUUUCUUGUUUGGGGCUAUAUCCCAUUGUAGUGGAAGUCAGUCAAACUGUGGCUCCGGUGUACAUAUAUAGCUAUACUUGUGCGCUUAUGCAGUGAAUGAGCAGCGUUUGAAUCAGAAAACCCGCUAUUUCUGCUUA